UAUACACGGCCUAUGCCGCGCUAGCGAUAUAUGCCUAUGGCAUAUCGUAACUGGUGUACACAGGGAUUGUCGAAAGUGCCGUGUUUCUCGACGACUCGCGUUUUCCCUUUUUUUUCUAUUGCCCACCGUCGCACAGAAAUGGGAAGGUAUGUAGGGCUACUUAGACUGGCUUAUAAGUGGAGUUACGAUUCAUCAUCUGAGAAGACCACGUGUAAAAAUAUUUUUACUCUGGUAGUACUGUCGACCGUGAUUACGGUGUUUGCAUUAGGAUCGGAUUGUAGCGGGGAUCCUUGCAUGUAUGGAAUUUGUUUGGACAACGAGACCAGCACUUAUUCUUGUUACUGCAUCGAUGGUUACACGGGGAUUAAUUGCGAAAUUAAUUGGGACGAAUGCUGGUCAGAUCCUUGUCUUAAUGGUGGCACAUGCAACGACGGCGUUGCCGCAUAUAAUUGCACCUGCCUCGACGGUUUCGUAGGUGUAAAUUGCGAGCAAAGAUAUAGCGAGUGUUCGAAUCAUCCGUGUCUCAACAAUGGUACAUGCGUCGAUUAUGAUGGCAUCACUUGCCAAUGUUUGGAUGGAUACUCAGGAGAAUAUUGUGAGAUCGACGCCUCGGUCUGUAACGAGACAAUGUGCAAAAAUUCCGGCGAAUGUAUCGAAGGACCCGGCUUCUCAUUUUAUUGUCGUUGUCGCGAAGGGUGGACCGGUGUUCUCUGCGAGGAGGACGUUGACGAAUGCUUGGAAUCACCAUGCAGAAACGGUGGACUCUGCAUCAAUAUUCCAUCUUCCUAUACUUGCGCUUGUUUAUUCGGUUUUACCGGUAAAGAUUGCGACAAGGCAAUCGUGCCAUGUAAGGAUAAUUCUUGCCAAAACGGAGCAGUGUGUCUACUGGAGGACGACCGUCCAGUUUGUUACUGCGUGCCCGAUUAUCACGGUGUACUUUGCGAGCUAAGAUACGACGAUUGCGAAUCAAAAUUCGCGCAAUGCGACAACGGAGGUACCUGUAUCGACGGUAUUAAUAGCUUCACUUGUUCGUGUCCACCGAAUUACGGUGGUCCCAUGUGCGAGUACAGUUUUCCCUCGACGACCACUCUGAAAAUUGGAGACACAUCUGAACGAGGAACGAGUCCAGUUAGAGCUACAACUGCCGCAGUUUUGCCUAAAGAAUCGACUUCGUUAGUGGACACAUCUGUGUCUUUAUCGUCCACAUCGACUAUCAGCUUCGCUACUUACUCGACGUCCCCGAGAACAAGUAGUUCGCCUUUUACGAAGAAAUAUACGAUUAUGGAGAAGACUACGACGUCAAGAUACGAGGGCGAGAGUUCUAGUGUUAGCAGCGAUAGCAGUGUUUUUCUUACCGAAGUUCCAUCAACGAGUUCGACUCGAGUUGAUCUCGUUACACCGAAGCCCGUAACGAUACCGUCGUCCGUUGGUACUGAAGGCUACUUCCAUAAGACUGAGAGAGAGGGUACCGAAAUUUAUUUGCCAACCGGGAGAUCGAUUCACGACGGCGACGUUACUAAGGAGCCUGAUGACUAUGAUCAGACAACAAAGAUACGUCCGCCGGUUUCUAGCAGAGUGGACGGAGAUGUAACGGAAUACACGACAAGUUCUAGUUAUCAACCUACAAUAGACACGGAUAAAGGCCGAAAGGACGAUAAAACUACUACUGCCACAAGUGCUAUUAUGGAUCACGCUACCGAUGUAACACUUUCCAUCGAUACGACAUUCCGAUACACGACGGAUUCCAUACAAAAUAGGACGUACGAUCUUGGAACUACAAUCAUGGAUACACCAAGAACUGUUCUACCUUUAACUACCUCAUCGACAUUGCCAUCGGUCUUAUCUUCGACCAUCAGUUUUGACACUUCCACGGUACCCUCCUCGUUAACAUCCACCAGCGUAACUUCGUUAAGUCAAACUACUGUUACUGGCAUCGAAGUUAGUACCACAGAAAUCGGCGCUUGUCGCGGAAAUCAGUGUUCCACAAGUACUACAGUGUUAACUCCGCAAAAUAUUACCGAAUAUGCCGAUGGCUGCAAGACGGAUUCGACUAUCACGCAAGCGGCUUUUAAUGGCAAAUCUUUCGUUAGACAACGCGUCGAAGUAAUCACUGCCAAUAGGAGCGCGACGCUCCGAAUUUACGUUAAGCUUAGAACGGCAUUUAAAAAUGGAAUAAUAUUACACGUUUACUUUGACAACGAGAGAUAUUCUUUGGUAUACUUGGAACUUGGAUCAUUGAAGUUCCAGUUUUCCUGCGGCCUAGAAACUAUGUUACUCGGUGAAAUCGAUGCUAUUAUCGAUAAUGGAUACGAAGUGGGCAUCGAUAUGAGCUUUCAAUAUGUUGCCAAUGAUGAAAACGAGAAAUGUUUCGCCAAAUUGCUGGUCAACGGCACUAUGGCCGUGACCGGCGAACAAAUACUGCCACAGCGAGGAAUGGUCCCAAAAUACGCUAAUUUGUACAUAGGAGGUAUUCCAUUAACGUUCUCACAUUACUUUCCUCACGUAGCUAUGGGAUUCAUUGGUUGCAUGGAUUCCCUGAAGGUGAAUGGCAUUACGCGACAUUUCAUUCACGAUUCUCUAGAAACGUUCCAAAUCGAAGAAUGCACAUCAUUUUUGUGUUUAUCGAACCCAUGUCAGAAUUUUGGUGCGUGUGAAGAAAGCGAGGGAAGAAUUCGUUGUAAAUGUAUAGCAGGAUAUACUGGACCUUUGUGUGAACAUUCGGCAUGCAACGACAAUCCCUGCUCGAUGGGUGCGACAUGCGUAAGCUCGCCGGGAACUGGUUUCAUCUGCGUCUGUCCGCUCGGCAGUCGUGGGCUUUUCUGCGAAGAAGAUGCCGUCCUAGUGCGGCCGGCCUUCUCGGUCCUCGUCCCUGGCUUCGCGUCGUACAUCGCUUACGGCUUGUCUACUUCGAUAAAGGACACAAUGGAGCUGAAGCUGCGACUCAUCCCGCGCACGUUCGAUCAAAUCUCUCUGAUAGCGUAUCUCGGACAGAGAAGCUCGCGCCGUGAUGUCUCGGAUCAUCUAUCGAUAACGUUCGUGCGCGGCUACAUUAUGCUUACGUGGGAUUUAGGCUCCGGAGUGCGAAGAAUCUUCACUAGCGAUUCGUUGACCUCUCUAAGCGUGGCAGGAUCGGCUGGUAAAAGUAAAACGUAUACUCUUCGUAUCGGAAGGAGAGGCAAGGAAGCGUGGCUUGCUGUGGAGGGUCUCAAAAACGUGACUGGUCAGGCGGUAGGAUCUAUGACUCAACUCGACGUAUCGCCUGUUCUCUAUAUCGGUGGUUACAAGUCCAAAAAUUUCGAAACGUUGCCGCACGACCUUCCUCUACAUACCGGCUUCUCCGGAUGUAUAUUCGACGUCGAAUUGCGUACAGACACGACGAUUCUUCCGCUGACCGGUUCCAGUCCUGCCACCGGCCGCGGCGUAGGCGAAUGCAAUCGCAACGAAUGCAUUCGUCACUCGUGCAAGAACGGUGCGGUAUGUUUACAUCAUGGAGCAUCGUACAGUUGCAUUUGUACAAAGGAAUGGGUUGGGCCCGACUGUUCCAUUCCUAUUUAAUUCGUCGCUGGAAACGUUCCUCUAGAUGCGCGUAGAG